AUGCCGCAGAAAAAGGACUUCAUAGGGUGUAGCCUGCCGCGCACUCCACUGCGAAGAGAUAAGACGACCAUGUCUUCCCGCCCUUCCCCGACGCUCGUGCGACGAUUCGACCAUCCCUGGCAUUGGUCUUCCGUCAGUGAGAACAAUGUCAACUCGUCGGAAGAUGCACGAAACCAACCCUCCUUUACGACCACCGCUUUGCGCCAUGCGAUCGCGAUGAUCAGUGACGGGGUUUACGUUCUCGAUGGCGACACAUUAGUCGUGCGUGACGUCAAUCCGGCGGCAUGCGAAUUGUUAGGACGACUGCAGAAAGAUGUUGUCGGCUAUUGCUUUACUGCUCUAUGCACCGAUAGCACCCAGGAAACCACCCAUCGGGAGAUUGGUAAUUCCGCACGUCGCGGGGCGAAUAUUCUGACACUACAACAACAUGCCCAAGGGCAUUCCGUUCCGGUUGAGUUGCGGAUUCGUCCAUUAGCGGAACAAGAUCGCACUCAAUUAUUGGUAACCGUACGUGACCUUUCCGAUCGCCAUCGUGCUGACCAGAUGGCUCGAACUCCAGCUUUUACAGACCCCCUGACGGGCUUGGCCGACCGAAGGGCAUUCGAUCAGUUCCUGCAGGCUGCGAUUACCGAAGCAAAGGAAGGUGUUCACCAUUUUGCAGUGUUUUUUGUCGACCUGAACAACUUUCACCUGGUGAAUGAACAAUUCGGCCAUAUGGCGGGCGACGAUACGCUGAAGGAAAUCGCCCUGCGGCUGAAAAGCGCCUUCCGAGAAGAAGACACCGUGGCCCGCUACGGCGGAGAUGAGUUCGUCGCACUGGUUCGGUACAGCAAUUCCGAUGCAGACUUCUUGCACAGAAUUUCGGCACGCAUCGCGCAUCAAUACGCCUCAUCGCUGGAUCGCGAUGUUUGGGAGUUCGCACUUGAGCUCCAAAAUCUCUCCGCGGCUGGGGUCUCUAUCAAUGACCUCCGCUGGCUUGCGUGCAAUGGGUACGUGAACCACGGAGAGGAACUCGAACAGACCAACGAAGGGCAUCGCGUGUUUCGCACGUAUCCCGGGCUUGGAUUCACGCAACGUUCUUGCUUUGUGCUCACACGGGCCGGAGUUCAGUUCGCCUCUCGGAUUGAUCAGGACGAGACCAUCUCGAAGUCUCGCUCUGGAUUGCCGGUGCUCAACGUCAAGACAUCGAGCAAUGGCACCGUGACUCUGCAAAAUACUUUGACAAGUGGGGAGGCAGACGUUGAAGAGGAUGCUGUUCCGCACUGGGACCAGGAACGCAGAGAACUUCGCCUGAUGGGCACCCUGGUCAAGCAGUUUCGUUUACCGUCGCCCAAUCAAGAGACGGUGCUGCAGGCCUUUCAAGAAGAAGGCUGGCCAACUCGGGUCGAUGAUCCGUUGCCACCGGUCUCCGAUCUGGAACCGAAGCGAAGACUUCACGACACCAUCAAGAGCCUGAAUCGGCACCAAAAGGCGAAAAACAUUCGCUUUAUGGGCGACGGUCGUGGCGAAGGGGUGCUCUGGGCCCCGUCCGUCGAUACCUUCGACUGGGCUUUCCAUGCUGACAGUCUGCACUUAGUGCUUUUUGGACAUGAUGUCAUCUGCCUCGACAAUCUCUUCACCAGUCGCAAGGAGAAUAUCGCUCCGCUGCUGGAACACUCGAAUUUCGAGUUCAUCCGCCACGACGUGACAGUUCCGAUCUUGCUGGAAGCGGAUGAGAUCUACAACCUCGCCUGCCCUGCCUCGCCUGUGCACUAUCAGUACAACCCGAUCAAGACAGUAAAGACGUCGGUCAUCGGCAUCAUCAACGUGUUGGGCAUGGCUCGUCGAAUGAGGGCCCGCGUGCUGCAUACUUCGACCAGUGAAGUGUACGGCGAUCCCGAGAUGUCUCCGCAGAGCGAAUCGUAUGUCGGCCACGUCAACCCAAUCGGGCCGCGUGCCUGUUACGACGAAGGGAAGCGAUGCGCCGAAACGCUGUGCUUCGAUUACAAACGAACGCACAAUCUUGAUGUUCGCGUGGUGCGGAUCUUCAAUACCUAUGGCCCUAUCAUGCACCCGCACGAUGGUCGUGUGAUCAGCAGCUUGGUGGUCUCCGCCAUCUCUGGUGAAGACAUUUACAUUCACGGCGACGGUUCGCAAACUCGCAGCUUCUGCUAUGUGAGUGAUCUGGUCGAGGUUCUUAUUCGCUUCAUGCGGUGUGAAGAGAUUCCAACCGGUCCGGUCAAUGUGGGAAAUCCGGAAGAGAUUAGCAUUCUGGAAUUGGCGAAAGUGAUCUUGGAGCUCUCCAACUCGGAGAGCAAGAUUCAAUAUCUUCCCAGCCGCGAAGACGAUCCGAAGCAACGCCGUCCCGAUAUCACCAGGGCGAAGAAAAUGCUGGGCUGGGAGCCCUCGGUCGCGCUUCGCGAGGGAUUGACGAAGACGAUCGAGUAUUUCCGCUCGCUCGACUUGGCCGAUUUCCGACCGCCAACCGGCCUGUUGGCAUCACAUUCCGAGCAAAGUUCUUCCCGGCAUGAAGCCGAACCCCCUGAAGAACAUCUUCGCGCCCUCCGUGCAUUGCAACAGAAGGUUGAUGCCCUCGAACUCGAGGUUGCGGCUCAUCGCCGUAUCGAGCAACAACAUUCAGACUUCCUCAACAACUCCUUGGAAUGUCUGCACAAAGUUGGGCCCGACGGAUCGAUUCUUUGGGCCAAUAAAGCAGAACUCGAUCUGCUAGGCUAUCAGCACGACGAGUAUGUUGGCCAUCACAUUCGCGAGUUCCACGUCGAUCAAGACGUCAUCCAGGAAAUACUCGACCAACUCACCAGUGGCGAAGACAUCUACAAUCGCCAGGCCCGGCUCCGCUGCAAAGAUGGCAGCAUCAGGGAUGUGCUGAUUCAUUCCAACGCCUACUUCGAAAACGAUGAGCUGGUCUAUACCCGAUGCUUCACGCGGGAUAUCAGCGAAAGCAAACUUGCAGAUCGCGAUCGGGGCCUGUUGGCGGCGAUUGUUGAAACUUCGGAAGAUGCCAUCGUCAGCAAGAACCUGAACACCAUCAUCACCAGUUGGAACGCGGGUGCUGAGCGCCUGUUCGGAUACACAGCUGAAGAGGCAAUCGGUCAGUCAAUCAACAUGCUGAUCCCGGAAGACCGCCGGGAUGAAGAACCAGAGAUCCUCAGCCGCAUUCGCAGGGGCGAGCGGAUCAGUCACUUCGAAACCAUCCGCCGUCGCAAGGAUGGAUCGUUGGUGAAUAUCUCUUUAGCGAUCUCCCCAAUUAUCGAUUGCAACGGAAACAUCGUGGGGGCAUCGAAGAUUGCGCGGGAUAUCUCACAACAGGUUGAAACGAAGAAACAAUUAGAACAAGCCAUCAACCGGGCUGAGAGGGCGAACGAGGCUAAGACGUCGUUCCUGGCCAACAUCAGCCACGAAUUGCGGACCCCGAUGACCGCCGUGCUGGGCUUUGCCGAUAUCCUGCGAAUCGAAUUGGACGACCCGGAGCAGCUGGAGCGAGUCGAUACGAUCACACGCAACGGAAAGUAUUUACUGACGUUGCUCGACGAUCUGCUUGAUCUCUCGAAGAUCGAGGCUGGCAAAACCGAGAUCGCUCGCGAAUCGAUGGCCGUGCGUUCACUCAUCAAAGAUGUAAGCGCCUUGAUGAGCGUUCGGGCUUUCCAGGAAGGUAUUCCCCUGAAGUUCGAAUGGCUGACUGAAGUCCCGAAGCGGGUAACGGCCGACCGAAUUCGUACGCGUCAGAUUUUAGUCAACCUGAUUAGCAAUGCCCUGAAGUUUACGAACGAGGGCGAAGUCAUAGUCCAAAUGCGGUUGAAUCGAGAGAAUGAAGUGCCCACGCUCGAUUUCUCCGUGAUCGAUACCGGGAUUGGAAUCGCGCCGGACAAGCUGCAAGAGAUUUUCCAACCCUUUACGCAAGCUUCUUACGAUACGGGUCGCGAAUUCGGCGGUGCUGGACUCGGCCUUAGUAUUAGCCGGCGACUGGCCCAGGCCAUGGGCGGUACGAUCUCCGUUCAAAGCGAACCUGGCAAAGGAAGCUGUUUUACGCUGUCGCUCAAGGUCAAUGACAAGCAACUGAAGGAUUUGGUGCAACCGCUAAAAACGCCCAUCGCCAAGCGGCCCACCGGCGGUUCGGGUGGAAAACUGCCGCGAAUCGAUGCUCGCGUCUUGCUCGCCGACGAUCGUAGAGAUGUGUGGCGGGUUGGAAAAUACUUCCUCGAGCGGUGCGGAGCUGAAGUCGCAAUCGCCGAAGACGGACGGCAGGCGCUCGAUUGCACCUUGGCCGCUGUUGAAGAUGGCAAACCGUUUCAGGUAAUUCUGAUGGACAUGCAAAUGCCCGUCAUGAAUGGCGAAGAGGCCGUCAGAGAAUUGCGAGCUAAGGGAAUUGAUGUUCCGAUCAUCGCGCUGACAGCCGAUGCCAUGCAACGACAGCGAGAGGCGUGCCUGAAAGUCGGCUGCACCGAUUACUUCGCCAAACCCAUCGACGGCAUCAAGCUCAUGCAGCUUGUAGCAUCGCACCUGCAGCCGUAG